UGAAUUUUACCAUAUUUUAAAUUUCAUUUUUUUACCCUAAAAAUAGUAUCUAUUAAAAUUUAACGCAUUCUUAUUUCUUACCAUUUAAAUUUACUUCAAUAAUAACACAACCAAAAAAAUAGUUGUAUUGUUGUAAAAAAAGAAGUUUAAAUUGGAAACUUUUUGAUUUGUCUCGUUCAGUUUUGAAAAUUUUUUACACACAGCCUUGUGCUUUUUCCGGUCAAAAAUGAAUUUUGAAGGUACAAACAGGGAGAAGUUUUUCUACCAUAACACUUUGAUAUGUCUCAUUAGAUCUUUGCAAGGCAAAAAUAUUACUGUUGAUCUCCGCAAUGAUUCAUAUGUAUGUGGUCAGUUAGCUACAGUGGAUGGCUUUAUGAAUCUGUCGUUUAAUAAGGCCGUGUAUUGUGAUACAAAACAAAAUGAAUUCAGUUUUGAUAAUCUUUUUGUACAAGCUCGGAAUAUUAGAUAUGUUCAUAUACCAGAGACAAUGCCCAUCUUAGAAAGUAUAAAGAAUGAAUUAAAAAUAAACAAAGGUAAAAAACCUGUUCAAAAACCAGGCUUUAAAUCGAGGAAAGCAGCAAAAGCUCUACAACAGCACAUGAAGACUGUGGCAGAGUUAUAGUAAUUAAUAUAUUUAUAGCAUUUAAUAUUAAUAAAGACAAUUUUGACGA